AUGACCUCAACGCCAACUCCCCAAGACUCAGGUCUCCCCUCUGCUCCACACAAGAAAAAAACUUUGUCUUUAGCAACUAUCUCAAAAGCAACGCCGACUUCAAAGCCAACCAUUCUGCAUCUGGGCGAUGAUAUCCGUUGGAAUCACGAACUGUAUGAGGAGUUGAAGAGCAAGUUCCACGUGGAAAGAACGUAUUCGAUAGGAAGAGAAGAAUUCAAAAAGGCAUUGAAAGAGAAGAAAUGGGGCGAUUUUGUGGGCAUGUACAGACCAUUCUGGAACACAGGGGGUGAAAUGGGCAAUUGGGAUGAAGAACUCAUUUCUCUCCUUCCCCCAUCCUGCAAAAUCUACGCCUCGGCCGGCGCAGGUUUCGACUGGGUCGACACACGCACCCUCACCGCCCACGGCACCAUUUACUGCAACUCAGCCUCCGCCUGCACCGAGUCCGUUGCCGACGCCGCCAUCGUCCUCAUCCUUUCCUGCUACCGCGCGAUCCCUUGGUCCUUCCUCGCCGCGCGGUCCUGCUCGCCUGAUCAAUUCCGCAAUGCAAACCAGAACAUUGCAGCCGUGACGCACAAUCCCAACGGCAGCACGCUGGGCAUCGUCGGGCUGGGCCGCAUCGGGUACCGAAUCGCGGAGAAGGCGACGCGUGCGUUUGAGAUGAAGAUUGCGUAUCAUGAUGUUGUGAGGAUGAGGGAGCGGGAGGAAGCGGUCGGAGCGCGGUGGUGUGCUAGUCUGGAGGAGCUGUUGCGGUCAAGUGAUUGCGUGCUUCUUGCUACGCCGUUUAGUGGCCAGGUAUUACUGGCUUCGAAGGAGUUUGCGCAGUUCAAGCGUGGGGCUCGGCUUGUGAAUAUCGCACGGGGGAAAUUGGUGGAUGAGGAGGCGUUGAAUCAGGCGUUGGAUGAGGGGGUGGUUAGUGCGGCGGGGCUGGAUGUGCAUGCUAAUGAGCCGGUUGUGAAUGAGCGGUUGGCAAAGAGGGAUAAUGUUAUGGUGUUGAGUCAUACAGCGGGGGCGAGUGUGGAGAGUCAUAUUGGGUUUGAGAGACUGGGUAUGGAGAAUCUACUUGGGUGGCUGGAGAAGGGGGAAGCUGGGCUGCUGAGUCCGGUGAAUCUUCAGUGGCUCAAGAGGGGUUGA